CCGUCGUCCACUGUUACUAGAUGGGGAAGGCGAACCAAUUCUAUCAUACUGAAGGUUGUUCUACAGGCGUCUUCGUUAAACAAUUUUAAUUUAACAUCCUUUAUACAAGUUCCUGUUAGAACUCAUCAUCAAAACAAAAAAGAAAAUGCCAAAACACAUUGUCUUUCUACAUCCAGAUCUUGGUAUAGGUGGCGCUGAACGACUUAUAGUCGAUACAGCAGUUGCUCUGGAAUCAUCUGGUUAUCAUGUUAGCAUUAUUACAAAUCAUCAUGAUCGUGAACAUUGUUUUGAAGAGACAUUAAAGACAAAUUUAAAUGUUACCGUUAUAGCUGAUUGGUUCCCCCGGUCGGUGUUUGGUCACAUGACCGCUUUAUGCGCAUAUAUUCGUUUGAUUCUGGCGACAAUUUAUUUAAUAUUAUUUUAUGAAACAAAACCAGAUGUAACAUUUGUUGAUCAAAUAUCAGCGCCUAUCAUUCUAUUACGUGCUUUUGGAUAUAAAACAAUAUUUUAUUGUCAUUUUCCAGAUUUAUUAUUAGCAAAAAAUAAAAAUGUCUUCUUAAAAAAGUUAUAUCGUAUACCUAUUGAUUAUAUUGAACAAUUAUCCACUGGUAUGGCUAAUAUUGUUCUUGUAAAUAGUAAAUUCACAUUUAAUGUCUUCAGAGAAACAUUCACAUCAUUGAAUCAUGUCCAAUUGCAUAUUUUAUAUCCAAUUGUAAAUGCUAAAAGUUUGUGUUUACCAGCAUCAGUGCAAAAAUGUAAAAAAAAUGAUCAGCAAUUAAAAUAUGAAUAUCGUAAAUGUUUACCAUCGGAAAUUAUGCCUGACAGAGUGAAAAUUCUAUUUGUAUCAAUUAAUCGAUAUGAAAGGAAAAAGAAUCUUUCAUUAGCUUUGUAUAGUCUUGAAUACUUGAUUACACAUUGGAAUCAAUUGAUUGAUAAUGCAUCCUCUAUUGAAAUAAAACCAGAAAAUGUACACUUGAUCAUAGCUGGAGGUUAUGAUCGUCGUGUUAUUGAAAAUGUCGAAUAUUAUACUGAAUUGGUUGAUUUAUCACAAAAACUCAAACUUACAGACAAUGUCACUUUUAUGCGUUCCUGUUCAUCUGAAAUCAAACCUUUAUUAAUUGCCUCCAGUGAUGCAGUGAUUUACACUCCAGAUAAAGAACAUUUUGGUAUUGUUCCAAUUGAAGCAAUGUCAUUGUCUCGACCAGUGAUUGCAUUGAAUUCUGGUGGUCCUAAAGAAACUAUUUUACAUGAUACCACAGGAUUUCUGUGUACAGUACAUCCAAUAAAUCAACUUCCAGAGACUAUGGCUAAUUAUCUUAGCAAAUUUAUCAAUGAUUCCGAACUUGCUGAUCGUAUGGGAAAGGCUGGUUGUGAACGAGUUGCUGAAAAAUUCUCAUCGGCAACCUUCAAAAAAGAAUUACAAUCGAUUGUAUCGGAUUUACUAAACGGACAAGACUAGUUGUCUAUCCGCAAAAAAAAACAUUUGAUUUCAUUAAAUUUUCUUUACAUAUUCAACUGUCGUCUCUCAUUGUUAAGACAGAAGAAUAAAUAACCAAAAUGUUUUCAUACACUUAA